AUGGGAAAUCAUUAUAACAUCACCUCACUCUCUUAUGGCUCUGAUACCAAAAUAGUCAAGUCAAGAACAAAUAUUUUGCCUAAUCUUACUCAUCAAGUAUAUGAACACUUCAAAAAAGAGGCAAAAACCUUUUUACAGCCUCAAGAAUAUCUUUUGUUUCAAUUUGCAAUGAAUCUCAAAGCAUCUUGGAUAUUUUACUGGGAUUUGAUUGUUGCUCGAGCUGAACAAGAAUAUAUUAUCAAAAAGAUCGUAAGAAGAUUCAAAAUAAAAUGGUGGUUAAAAUUUCAUGAGACAAAUUGUUGUCCCAAAGCAGUAAACUCAUGGAUUCAAGAACAAAGAAAUUUAGGAAUUCAGAAAAUCUCAAAGAAAGAUCAAGAAAAUACACAUGAUACUGCAAUAGUGGCUGCUCCAGAUGGCAUGGUAUAUUUUGUUGAGAUUAGUUCGGGACAAAUCAUUUCUUCUUUUUCAUCGGGCCCAUCUAUUUAUUCCUCAUAUCAGACACUCCCCAGCGAUGAAGGCGAAAAACUUGAUUCCUCUGCCGAUGGUGAUAAUUUCUACAUUGAUUGUGGAAAAGACUGGGAACUCUACUUACAUGCAAAAGGCUUCAAUAAAGUGUACCCUCUUCUUCCUCGUGGUUUCUUACAUGACCCAAGUAUUUUUCCAUCGCAGAGGCUCAAUCUGAGUGCUGAAGAAUUUGUAAGGCGCACUCCAUUUGUAUCAACUGGUGGUGGUGUCAUGUUAGGAUCAAAGACAACUGCUGUAUUUCUUGUUGAUAUCAAAUCUGGAAAAGUAGUUCGUACAUUUAAAGCCGAUGAUUUUCCCUCAGUUGUAAAGCACGAUUUUGAUGGAUCUUCUAUUCUAGCUAGAAAGGAUAUUGAAGGAUGGGUAGGAUCUGGUCCUGCAGACUUGAAGGAUGUUGAGAAGCCACUCUAUGUUACAAGGAUAGACUAUAAUCUGAAGUAUACCUCCAAGAAGACCGGGAAAGUUCUUUGGCAUCUAAAGUUUGCUGAUGUUGAAGCUUCUUUCCAAUGUGAAGGAAUUGAGAAUUUUCUGGGUGGAAUUUUACCUGAGGUUGACAAAUUUGAUCCAGGAUAUGAACUUGAUGCAAAUUUGGCAAUGCGUUGCCUGACGAGGCCAGUGGUCUAUCGCAUCCGUGACCAUAGCUCACUAGAAUCCCUUUUUAUGGUUGACAAGUUACCAGAUGCUCUUCCAAGAGGCAAAGUACUCUCUUUACCUGCUGCUGAUCACGAUCCUCUGUUUGAGCCAGUGGAUAAGUUUUUAGCUGCUCAUCAUGAUAAUGAGAGACAAAUGUUGCUGAAACUGAAAAGAAAGAACGAUAGAAAUGAGGGUGAUGAAGAGCAUGAGAGGAGGGGUGUGUCCCUUCGAUGUCUUACUCUUUACAGCAGAGGUGGAGGUUGCAAAGUAGUUGCUGACACUGGUGAAGAAUAUGCGGAUUCUGGCAGUAGAAGGCGCUCGAGUGUGAGUGAGGAUGGGAAAGGGUACCCUACAAUAUGUGGAAAUGAAGAAGCAUCUGUGGAUUGCUUUUCCUAUGGGAUGAAAGAGAAAUUCUGGAGGAGGAAUAACCGAAGACUUCUAACAUUUGAAGAAGCACAACAAAGCAAUAGCAUGAAUUCAUGUCUUCCGGAUGACAUUUUAGAAAUGUGCUUGUUAAGGCUCCCACUGACUAGUCUUGCGAAUGCUCGACUUGUCUGCAAGAAAUGGAGAAACUUGACAACAACAUCUCGUUUCAUGCAGAUAAGAAGGGAAGGCUUAUUUCAAAGUCCAUGGUUGUUUCUCUUUGGUGUUGUUAAGGAUGGCUAUUGUUCUGGGGAAAUACAUGCAUUGGAUGUUUCACUUGCCCAAUGGCAUAAAAUCGAUUCUCAAAUUCUUCGUGGAAGGUUUCUUUUCUCUGUUGCUAGCAUCUGGGAUGAUGUUUUUAUAGUUGGAGGCUGUUCUAGUUUGACCAACUUCGGAAGGGUGGAUAAAAGCUCAUUCAAGACGCACAAAGGAGUUUUAGUUUUUAGCCCCUUGACUAAGUCUUGGCGUAAAGCUGCAUCCAUGAAGUAUGCUAGAUCAUCACCCAUAUUAGGUAUUUCCGAGGUCAGUAUAGAUUGUUUUAUCAGUAGAAAUCAAGCAAAUCUGUCAGAUAGACGCUUUUACAGGUCAAGGAUUGGUGGUGCAUCAGACGUAUAUGAGGAUCCUCACAGACUUUCUGUCAGACGUCAAUCUACACAAUCUCUUGAUGAAAGGGAUAUUUCAUCGUUUUCCAGCAUAAAGCCAUCCAAAUUUGUUGCGCAAAAAACUGAAAAUUCUCGAAUCAAAGAUCGUAGAAAGUUUGUAAUGAUUGCUGUGGGAGGUCUUGGAUCUUGGGAUGAACCAUUAGACUCGGGGGAAAUUUAUGAUUCUGUGUCAAAUAAAUGGACAGAGAUCCAGAGACCACCUCUAGAAUUUGGAGUACCUUGUUCUGGCAUUAUAUGUAAUGGGAUUUUCUACGUUUACUCCGAGAGUGAUAAGCUUGCUGGAUAUGACAUAGAAAAGGGAUAUUGGGUUAGAAUUCAAACCACUCCAUGCCCACCCCGUGUGCACGAGUACUAUCCAAAACUCGUAUUAUGCAAUGAUCAGCUGUUCAUGCUGUCUGUCUCCUGGUGCGAGGGAGAUGGCCAAAUUGGGAGGAGAAACAAAGCAGUUAGGAAGGCUUGGGUGCUCCAUCCCGUGUAUCUUACUUGGACAGAAGUGUCUAUACAUCCGGAUGCGCCAAUGGACUGGAAUGCUGCUUUUGUUUCUGAUAAAAACCUUAUAUUUGGUCUUGAAAUGUUCAAAAUAUUUGGACAAGUUUUGGACUUUGUGACUAUGUGUGAUGUGUCCAACACGGGAAUAAAUUGGAGUCACAUUUCGAGGAAUCAUGUGGCACAGGAUCUGGAUGCUUCUUCUUGUCUG